GGAUACGGGACUCCGCCAUAAUGCCUUCAAAACCUGAUCAAAAUACAUCAUUUGUUUGAUUACCUCAAAGACACACCCUUCUCAAGAACUAGAAAACAGAACCGAAACCUAAACUACUGAACAUCCCUACUACACAGACUCUGUGUGACAUUCUGUGUUCUUCGGAUUCCUCCCAAACCAUCCAGAGACAUGAAUCAACAAAAAAAAGCAUACUCAGACAGGACCAGAUGGUCUCAAAGAUACCAACCCUACAAGCAGGAUGGGCACAGAGAAAGAAGAGGUAUCGCACAUCACAUGCAUUUGUACUCGCGAGGACAAGUUCAAGUCCGUUUUCCAAACUGGUUUCCUUCUACAGAUGAUACAGAUGUCCCCUUACUGGAUUGGAUCAUUUCAGAUUUACAUCCACAUACUAUAGUUGAAGAGCCUGGCUUUUUACAUUUUUACAAAUCUAUGAAAAGUGCAAGGUUUCAAAAUCAACCAACAUCUACUGACAUACUCUUAAAACUUCAGCAAUCAUUUUUUUUAAAAACACAAAGUGUACAAAAGAAUCUAGAUAGUGUAGAUACCGUUGCAUUGUCUUCUGAAGUGUGGAACACCACAGCAAAUAAAACCUAUAUGACAACUACUUGUCACCUGAUCGAUAACACAUGGACUCAGCAGUCAUGGGUUUUGGAAACCAUACCUCUACCUGAAGAAUAUAAACACAGUAAUAUUAUUGGACAGCUUCUGAAAAUAGCAGAUAAAUGGAGAAUUGGAAACAAGAUUAAAGUGGUAGUGACAAAUGAAGAUGGGAUAAAGAAAGACAUCAAAAAAGCAGGAUGGGAUUUCAUACCCUGCUUCGCUAACACACUGGAUGUGGUCUUCAAGGAGACACUUGAAGCAUCUUCUGUCUGGAAAGCGCUGGUGGAAAGAUGUUGUAAAAUAGCAGAGUAUUUUUCUAAUGCUGAAGCACAAGGUCACCUCAAGAAGGCUCAAAAAAACCUGCGAUUACCGGAGUAUAACCUGGCUGAGACCAAGGGUGAUAAAUGGCUUUCUACACUAAAUAUGCUAGAAAGAAUCUCAAAGCAGCAUGAGGCCAUACGCCAAGUGUUAAUUGAAUUUAAUGUUGACUUACUGUUAAGCAAGCAUGAAAAUAAAAACAUAACCAAGACAAUAUCAUCCCUGAAGGCAUUCCAGGAUAUCAUAUCACCAGCAAAACGAUACCACUCACUUGCAGACAUCAUACCACAGGUGGAAGCCAUAAGGAAGAAGCUAAAGCAGUUGCAACAGAGCGGAAAUGAGUUUGCAAAGGAAUUAGCACAACAUUUGGAUCAUCACUUCAGUAGAGCCAAAGAAAAUGACUGGCUGACAUUGAGCACCACUCUUAACCUGAGAUACAGAGACAUCGCUCUCUCUGAGAUAGGGACUUUCACACGCAUUACGAAAAGGAUCAUUGCUGAAAUGGAACACCUGAAUGAAGAGAACCAAGGGAGAAGCUUUCGACAACCAGGCAAUUUUGAUAUGGCUCUGAAGAGAUACUUGGAAAAGAAAAUGUUGCCAACUAAAUAUGAUCCUCUUGCAUUCUGGAAAUUCCCGAAAGUUGAAGACUGGUACCUGAGUGAGGUUGCACGCAAAUACCUGGCUGUUGUCUCUACUGCGGUACCGGCUGACAUUGCCUUUGACAUAGAGAAAGCCAGACUAGUGGCUAGUCGAAUAAGCAGCUUGGAUCCAGAACAUCUAAAUAUGAUGCUUUUUCUAAAUGGCAACCAUUUCCUUCCCUCUUAACUCACUAUUUAACAGAAGGGAAAACGACCAUGGCCUGUUUAAUAUUUUAAAGGGUAUAAUGGCUAAAGGUUAUACAUUUAUCAAUUUCGAUUAGGAACUAUUUACUUUGUAGUUUCAAUAGUCCAUAAUCAAUCAGUGACAAUAUGCACAAUUCAUAUAUUAUUCACAAAAAGGUUAUAUGUCUGCACAUUUUCAGUAGGUGAAGUCACAAACAAUUGUGAGACAUUUUACCCAAUUUUUUGUAAACAAACUUUGCAUUGAAAGGAAAGUCCUGCUUUUUAAAAUGCAUAUUAGCGAUUUUUUUUGUCAGUUACCUUAAGCUUAAGCUUUCAAGUCCUUGCUUAAGACGCAUUACUAUGCUUUGGCUUAUAAUUCUAGUUGAGCUUUGAUAUCUUGGCCUGUUGGUUAUUUUGUUUUAAUUUGUUUGCAACUUUGUGUAAUAUUGUCUGUAUAAUAAUUAGUUUUUUUAUUUUCUUUGUUGGAUCUUGAGAAGCACUUUGGUCAAUUAUGAUUGUUUUUAAAUGUGCUAUAUAAAUAAAAUUGAACUGAACUGUACUUGUUGAAUGAGGAUUGACCACAAGAUGGCAGUAGGAACACAUUUAUGCUAUAUAGGCUUAGAUUGGAGCACAUAAAAAUAAAACACAAUAUAAUAUAA